GUCCUCUAAUGGUCAAGUCCAGCAUAAUUGAACUUGGUUCUGGGACUUCUUCAAGGAAUCAACUAAUCAUGCAAUGCUAUUCUUACUAAUCACAGCUGAAGGCAUUGGAGUAUCUCAGUGCUGCAUAUAAUUAUAAUAUGGUUUUUAUAGAUCUACUUGUUUUGAUGAUUCUUCUCUUGGAGUAUUGCUGACUGGACUUUGGAGCUGUUCAGCCUUAAUUGGAUUAUGUUGUUGCUGAUUUCAAUUGAUCUGCAGCAGUAUAGAAGAAAGCAACACACAUGGGAGGCUUGUGUGGCUUGAUCGGGUGACUAAAUAUCCUUUGAAGGUUUUAGAAUCUUUUCUAAAUAUGUUCCUACAUGCAGGUCAUCUUGGGUUGCUGCCUGCUCGUAGAGUCCCAUUAUUGUCGAGUUUGAAGGCAUUAUAUGCAAUGGAGGAAAUCAAGAGUUUUGAUAGUCUGCAAAUGGUGCCAACCAUUCAACAUUCUGCUAGCAAAGACAGUGAAACAAAGUCAAUGGAUUUGCACUCUCAGCAGCUGAAUGAAGAGUGCAUAGUUUCAGAAGAAUCAAACAAGAUGAAGAUUUUGGAAGUGCUAGAUAAAGGUUAUAUGAAGUAUGGAUGUCCACAUUAUCGCAGAAGGUGCCGUAUAAGAGCCCCUUGUUGUGAUGAGAUCUUUGAUUGCCGUCACUGUCAUAAUAAGUCAAAGAACAAUAUCAAUGUUGACCAGAAGCUUAGACAUGACAUGUCGCGCCAUGAAGUGAGACAGGUGAUAUGUUCACUGUGUGGCACUGAACAAGGGGUUCAACAAUUUUGUACUAACUGUGGGGUAUGCAUGGGAAGGUUCUUCUGUGAGACUUGCAAGCUGUUUGAUGAUGAUACAUCGAAGAAACAGUAUCAUUGUGAUGGCUGUGGGAUUUGCAGAAUUGGAGGUCGUGAGAAUUUCUUCCAUUGUUACAAGUGUGGCUGUUGCUACUCGAUUCUUCUAAAGAACAACCAUCCAUGUGUAGAGGGGGCAAUGCACCACAACUGCCCUGUUUGCUUUGAGUUUUUAUUUGAGUCAAGAUAUGACGUAACUGUAUUGCCAUGCGGACACACAAUUCAUAAGAACUGCUUAAAGGAGAUGAGCGAACACCACCAAUAUGCUUGUCCUCUCUGCUCGAAGUCAGUUUGUGAUAUGUCUAAGGUAUGGGAGAAAUUUGAUAUGGAAAUUGCAGCAACGCCAAUGCCAGAAUCUUACCAGAAUAAAAUGGUUUGGAUCCUUUGCAAUGACUGUGGAAAGACUUCACAAGUACAAUAUCAUAUUGUAGCUCAGAAAUGCUUGGAUUGCAAGUCAUACAAUACCCGUCAAACAAGAAGCUGAGAUGGCAGACUGUAUAACUUAGGAAAUUACAGUGGUGAUAGCUUCAAAUACGGGAUGCAUCAUCAGUUUGGGGGGGUGUUAAUUUGCCUUUUCAGCCACCUGAGCAAUGCUCAUGGAUGGGAUAAUGUAUGAUCCUGUGGUUCUGCAUCCCGUUGUAUCUUUGUGUGGUUCCCCCUUUUUUUUUUCUUUUUGUGUCUUCUGUUUUCUUUGUACCUGUGGUGAAGUGAAUCAAUGUAGUCAAAAUGUUGCUUCUCUCCCAUUUUCCCUGGUCCUUUCCUUGUGUUUCGUAUUUUCAGAAGUUAAAAGGGUGCUGACGAGGCCCAGUGCUGGGUACGUGGUUGUAGAAGUUGGUAGAGCAAAAUAUGUUUCUGAUAGGCUCCUACGGGAGGUUUUAUGUAGCCGUCUUGUGAGUUUCUUUUAUAUAUGAUUCUUAUGAAAGCGCAUCUUUGGGUGGUGGUUGCUUGAAAAGCUAUGGGGAUUGAGUUGUUAUAGUUACUGACGUGUAAUAAAGUUAUCUUCAACGUGAAAA